AUACUAUCAUGUUUAUCAAAACUAGAAUUGAUAAGGAACAGAAAUAUGUGAAGAUUAGUGAACCAAGCCUGGAAGARUUCUUGAAUUCUGCUUUCACUAAGUUCUCCAUUCCACCUGUCCAUGGGCGUGUCAGAGUUUUUGAUGACACUGGAACUGAGGUGGAUGCAGACACAUUUGAGGAACUGCUGAAGCAACCCAGCAUUGGUGUAUUUACUAUAAUGUUUUGUGAUGCUUCUUCAGAGAGAACUGUGUCCAACUUUGCUCAAGGGUCACUGUCAUCUCACUGUAACCUGGAGGCAUCAUUAUCCCACAGCCCAGUGGAUAAAACUGAUUCAGCAGCAGAGCUCUCACACUGUGACUCUGAUGCCAUCCUGGAACUUCUAGCAUGCAGCUCUGAUAAACCCAACAACAAUGAGAAUAAUGGUCCUCCCAGUAAACGGCAGAAAAUGAAAUGGAUGGAGAAUACUGCAAAAGAGUUAGUUGAAUUAGCACUGACCAGGAAACCAGGUGGAGAUCAAAUUAUCAAGGAAUAUAUGCGGUCACAAAGCCUCACAGACUGCUCACGACGAAAGUUAGUUAACAUUCUCGCUGCGGACAUGAGYGAAAUUCAUGGGACAGCACCACCACGGCAUGUGAGAGAGAUGUAUGCUCAAGGCAUAAUUGAAAUGUUCCCAAACCUGCGGGAUCCAUAUUCCAAAAAUGGAUAUGAACAUUUCUAUUAUGGGGAAGGUGGCAGUGGUUACUUAGCAUGGAGGCUUAAAACCAUCCAGAGGAAGAACAACUCAUCAGAAGGGAGAAGAUCAUCAGAAGGGAGAAGGUCAUCAGAAGGGAGAAGGUCAUCAGAAGGGAGGUCAUCAGAAGGGAGAAGGUCAUCAUGUCUGACUGGGGGUGGACCAACAGCCAGAAGAAAUGCUUCAUUUAACCCUGAGAUAACCCUAAGUGAAGAACAAUGUAAGGAGGUCAUUUCCUUCAUGAAAUGUUCUUCUGAUGAGGUCACUAUCAAGAACAAGAUGAAGAUGACGUUUUAUUAUCGUCGCAAGAUGGUCCUGGACGAAAAGGGAUCUUCUAAUGUCUUGACUGAAUUUCCUUGCUUCAGAGAUGUCAAAGGCUUGAUUGAUCAAGAUUUCAUUCUGGAAUUUGGAGAAGAUAUAGCUUCCAGGUUUUUGGAGAGAUGGCCUACUUUUUUCAAGCAGAAAGUCAUCCAGCUGAGCAAGACUCUCCCUACUUCAAAUGACCUUGAAGAACUGAUCAAUUGUGCUGAAGGAGCAUCAAGUGAGGAAUUGGAGGCCAACCGUACCUCUGACUGGGACAGUGAUCUUGCUUCCAUCAUUCUCCUUCUCCACCUGAUUCCUCCUUCCUGUCAAGGUCGCAAAAGGCCUGGCAAGGUUUCUGCAUCCCAAGCCGAGAAGCACCUUGUGGUCUUCAAGAAGAGUGGAACAAACAUCCAGGAACAUGUSGAUGCCAUUAGCUCCUCUACACAACCAUAUCUACUUGCUGUUGGAACAAAGAAGAGCACCAUUCAUGAGUUUUUUAUUGUUCUGGACAAGCAGGUCAUACCAUGCAAGUCGGCCAGUUCUCUUGGAGCUUUUGAUGAACUUUUUAAGGCUCACUUUGUACUUGGCACUGUUUAUAAUCAAAUGCUCCACAACAUGUUUGUCUUUAUACAAACAACCGUCUACAACAUAGAUGUUGGUAAAGUUCAUGAGACUCCACGUGUUGCAGAGAUACGGGCUAGGCUACUUAACUAAGCAAAGAAGUAAUCAGUUUGGAAUGAGCAACAGGCCCUGUGAUGGACUUGCGACCUGUCCAGGGUGUACCCCGCCCCUCGCACUGUGACUGCUGGAUAUGGGCACCAGUGACCCACGCAACCCUGAAAAGGAAAGAAGCGUGUACAGAAAAUGGGUGGGUGGAUGGAAUGAGCAACAAGUUUGCCCAUAAGUGUGAUCACUUUCUUACGGUAGAAUAUUUUUCUAUUUUACUCUUGUCUAUUGUGAUACUGUUUUGAGAUUUUUUUCCAUUUCACUUAGUAAAUUUACAGAACUAUGGGAAGGAUUUGUUUUGUUUGUCUGAAACAUUUUGUUCGUAYCAACAUGCUUGUUUGGAAUAUGUAAUUGAGUCAUGGUUUCUGUCCUGGUAACCCAACCUGGUGUCCUAACCUAAAAUGUGCUCUGGGAGGUUUUUGCCAUAUUUUUUGACACAUUUUCAGGAAUUAGAAAGCAUUUAAACACAAACCAUGCUAAGCAAUUUGAACAUGAAGCUGAAACCAUUGACAGGACGUGGCCUUGUUGCAGAUGAUAUCCCAUCUCAAGAUUUUGUAGAGUCUGUAAGUAGUUCUUCUUAAGUCUUAACUGUGCCAACCAACUAUAAAGUAGUAAUGGAUGUCACCUUUUUUAUUUAGAAACUAAUUUUUGAUUAUCUACCCGAAAUAAUCUUGCAGAUUUAUGUAUUUCUGAAUGUUGUGAUUGUAAAAUAUGUUAAAUUCCAAAAGGUUGUACAGGAUUUUAUCAGUAAUAGGAGCAAAAUCCUCCAAUUGGUGUUAACUUCUUUAAAACUCUGAUAUCUGAUCCUUUGGUUUCUUUCAUGGCAAAAAUUUGUACUUCAAACUAAGAAAAUGGGUGCUUUUCAGUUUUUGUCACUAACCAAUUUCAUUUAACUAGAUAAGGAAAUUUGUCCUAAGUUAAAAAUGGCGGAAACUAGAUACUGCAUAGUGGUAGCAUAUAAAAACUGCACAUAAGCAAAAGCACCAAUACACUAGAACUCAGAACUCACCAAAACAGAUUUGUUUUUGGUGGGGGUUCAGAGGUGGGGAUGCUCAUUGGCGAGCCUGAUGGAUAACCGUUCAGCAGAGCUAAACAACAAAAAAAAUCUGAAUCUCCUAUGCUGAAUAGUUUUUGAGAUAUAAGCAUUUAUGUUUGUCCAGCCGGAGAUGCCCUUUUCAGAUGGAGCUCUCUCCUCAAAUAUCGAGUCCAUGGUAAAAACCAUUGGCUGGCGCAGCAUAGGUCGGCCAUAUCUCUAUUUCUACCAAAUUUCAUAUUGCUAGGUGCAUCUGAAUUUUUUGUUUUGAGUGGGUGUCCAAGGGGCUCACUGGUGGGCCCGACAGAAACACCUUCAUCAGUGCUAAACAAAAAAAAUAAUAAAUAAAUAAUAAUAAUCUAAA